AUGUUGGCAUCAUUAAAACAAGGAUGUUCUAUUGUUAACCCUAUAAGAUUGACAUUGCCCCGAUUCUAUUCAUUAAGUGCUCAGCCAUUGGGGAUAGACAAUACAAUUGAGAAUAAUUCUCUUACGGAGACAAAUAGGUUGAGCAAAACGUCACAGAAAUUUUGGGAAAAGGUAUCAUUAAAUAGGAACCUUGAAAAGGGAAAGAUUGCUUUACAAUUAGAUGGCAGGACUAUAAAAACUCCUCUAGGAAAUGGAAUAAUAAUUGAUAAUUCAAGGUCUCUCUUAGCAUACCUAUUAAAACUGGAAUGGUCAUCCCUAUCUAGUCUUUCCAUUAAAACCCACUCUUUGCCAUUGACUUCAUUAGUGGCAAGAUGCAUCGAUUUACAAACGACAAAUGAACCUGGCUGUGACCCUCAAUUAGUCGCAAAAAUUGGAGGUAACAGUGAUGUUAUAAAAAAUCAAUUAUUAAGAUAUCUAGAUACUGAUACGUUGCUGGUUUUCUCUCCCAUGAAUGAAUAUGAAGGAAGGUUACGCAAUGCGCAAAAUGAAUUAUACUUGCCCCUGAUCAAAGGAAUGGAAGAGUUUUUAUCCAGCUUUUCUUCCGAGUCUAAUAUUCGUCUACAAAUUUUAGAUGCUGAUAUUCAUGGGUUACGAGGCAAUCAGCAAUCAGAUAUUGUUAAGAAUGCAGCAACAAAGUAUAUGAGCAGCUUAUCCCCGUGGGAUCUUGCAAUUCUUGAGAAAACCGUAUUGACUACAAAAUCCUUCAUUUGCGGCGUGCUACUACUGGAAAAUAAAAAAAACCCUGCUGACUUAUCUGCCAUCCUGAAAACUGAUAUGGACGAUAUUAUCCGUGCUGCUACCUUGGAAACUAUUUUCCAAGUUGAGAAGUGGGGAGAGGUUGAAGAUACUCACGAUGUGGACAAAAGGGAUAUCAGAAGAAAAGUUCAUAUUGCCGCGAUUGCGGCCUUUAAGCAAUGA